AUGAAACAUUUGCCUCCAGAUAGAGAAGUCACUCAGUGGAGUCUGAAAAUGUCUAACUUUACUACCGCCAUGACUGAAUUUCUCCUUAUGGGGUUUUCUGACACCCAUGAGCUGCGGAUCCUAUAUUCUUUGUUUCUUUUUCUCAUUUAUUCAGCAGGUUUGAUGGGGAAUCUCCUCAUUGUAAUCAUCACCACUUUUGACAGGAGACUCCAUACCCCCAUGUACUUUUUCCUUAGGAAUCUAUCCAUUGUGGAUGCCUGCUUCAUAUCAAUAACAAUUCCACAGGCAUCUGUUAACUCCCUGGUGAACAACAGAGCUAUCUCGGUUCCUGGAUGUGCAGCUCAGAUAUUCCUCUUGACUUUCACAGCAUAUGUUGAGUUGACUUUGCUCACUGUCAUGGCCCGUGAUCGUUAUGUUGCCAUAUGUCAACCACUUCUCUAUCCAGUGAUCAUGAGUCCUAGUGUGUGUAUGCAGAUGACUUUAACCUGCUUAUUCACUGGCCUUUUGUAUGCAGGGUUUCAUACUGGUUACACAUUUCGAUUGUCUUUCUGCCAAUCUAAUGUGAUCCACCAGUUCUUCUGUGAUAUCCCCUCUCUACUCAAGAUCUCUUGCUCAGAGACAUUUAGCAAUACAUUAUUCUUACUUGGCUCUAUUCUGGUGAUUGGGCUUGGUAGUUUUGUCUUCAUCACUGCAUCUUACAUUAGCAUACUUUCCACUGUGCUCAAAUUUCCAGUGAAAGAAGACCAAAGAAAAGCCUUCUCUACUUGUGUCCCCCACAUCAUUGUGGUUUCUUUGUUCCUUAUUUCAUCGUCUUAUGUGUACCUACAACCACCUUCAGAUUCUGGAUCCCUUCACGAUAUAAUCCUGUCAAUAGUCUGUUCUAUAGUAGCUCCCUUUCUGAAUCCCAUUGUAUAUAGUCUAAGGAAUAAGCAGAUAAAAGAGGCUGUAAGAAGGGUAAUGAAGAAAAAGUUUUUAUUAAGAAAUAAAUAA